ACGCAGCGCGGCACGGCAAGGCUCGGCUCGGCUGCCGGCGCCCGCGGCAGCCAACUUGCCGCCUGGGCUCUGCACACGCGUGCGCUCGCGCAUUUACUCGAGCCGAACCCGUCUUGCCCUGCCAACUCCCUCCUCGCGACCGUGUUAAUGGUCGCUCCGGUGGUUGCACCCACCCGUAGCAAGCUAGCUAGAGCUCCCCCUCCCUAUAUAUGCGUCCCGGCCACCUCCCCCAGCCCCACCGCCACCAACAAACGUACGCCCCUCUCUCCCUCCUCCUCGCUGACGUCCUCCCCGCGCCUCCGGGCUCACGCACUCACGGCACGCAACCAUGAGCGGCCAGGAAACUGCCGGCCGCCACAGCCCGGGCAGCCUGAAGCUGUGCUACCACCUCGCAGUCUCCAACGCGCACUACCUCCUCCUGGCCACGGCGGCCGCGGCGGUGGUCCUGCACCUGUCCCGCCACACCUUCUCCGACCUCACCGCCGCGGCGCAGACCGCACUCGCCGCCAACCUGUCCCUCACCAUCGCGUUGCUCGGUGUCCUCGCCGUCCUCGCCACCGCCUACGUCUUGCGCCGCCCGCGCGCCGUGUACCUGUUCGACUUCGCGUGCUACAAGCCCGGGCCGGAGCACACGGUCACCCGCGAGAUCUUCAUGCGGCAGUCGGCCGCCGCGGGCGUCUUCACCGACGACAACCUCGCCUUCCAGCGCAAGAUCCUCGAGCGGUCGGGGCUGGGCCAGGGGACCUACUUCCCCAAGGCGGUGCACAACUCGCCGCCCAACCCGUGCAUGGCGGAGGCGCGCGCCGAGGCGGAGGCCGUCAUGUUCGGCGCCAUCGACCAGGUGCUCGCCAAAACGGGGGUGCGCGCCAGGGACAUCGGGAUCGUUGUGGUGAAUUGCAGCCUGUUCAACCCGACGCCGUCGCUGUCGGCCAUGAUCGUCAACCACUACAAGCUCCGCGGGAACGUCGCCAGCUACAACCUCGGAGGCAUGGGGUGCAGCGCCGGGCUGAUCUCCAUCGACCUCGCCAAGCAGCUGCUCCAGGUGCACCGGAACACGUACGCGCUGGUGGUGAGCAUGGAGAACAUCACACUCAACUGGUACUGGGGCAACAAUCGAUCCAUGCUCAUAUCCAACUGCAUCUUCCGCAUGGGCGGCGCCGCCGUGCUACUCACCAACCGCAGCGCCGACCGCCGUCGGGCCAAGUACCAGCUCAUGCACACGGUCCGCACCCACCGAGGCCCCGACGGCCGCGCGUACCGGUGCGUGUUCCAGGAGGAGGACGAGGCGGGCCGCGUGGGUGUGGCCAUCUCCAAGGACCUCAUGGCCGUCGCCGGCGAGGCGCUCAAGACCAACAUCACCACGCUCGGCCCGCUGGUGCUGCCCAUGUCGGAGCAGAUCCUCUUCCUCGCCUCGCUCAUCGGCAAGAAGGUCCUGGGCCUCAGGAUCAAGCCCUACAUGCCGGAUUUCAAGAUGGCGUUCGAGCACUUCUGCAUCCAUGCGGGCGGGCGCGCCGUUCUGGACACCAUCGAGAAGAACCUCGACUUGAGCGGGUGGCACAUGGAGCCGUCACGGAUGACGUUGUACCGGUGGGGGAACACGUCCAGCAGCUCGCUGUGGUACGAGCUGGCGUACACGGAGGCGCAGGGCCGGGUGCGCCGCGGCCACCGGGCGUGGCAGAUCGCGUUCGGGUCAGGGUUGAAAUGCAACAGCGCGGUGUGGUGCGCGCUGCGGACCAUCAACCCGGCCAAGGAGAAAUGUGGCAAUCCCUGGGUGGAGGAGGUCCACCAAUUCCCUGUCGAGGUGCCCAAGGUGGCGAGCGUAGUUGCGGCGUCGUGAGAGCAGGGGCUGACACCCCCUCCCCUCCAAUUGUUUACCAUGGACGAGGAAAAGAAGGGGGAAGAAAGAGACGAAUGAGCCCCCACUUUAUUUGCAUCCGCCACUGCGUGAGAGCAUGGCUCUUAUUUGGUGGACUACAGGGUUGCUAGUUUUUCUUUUCCUUUUCAAACAUGACAUAUAUGUCAAGUGUGUGUUGAUUCGGUGUGGAGUAGAGAGAAGAUGUAGGGCUCGUUUGGCAGAGCUCCAGAUUCAGCUUCUGAGCUGAAUCUGGAGGAGCUCUGCCAAACGGCAGAAUUUGGCUUUAGCUCCCUGAGUGAAUCACUUCUCCUGAUUCACUGAAAUGAACUAGAAGCUGAGGAGCUGAAAAAAAGUAGCUUCUCCUGAGGAGCUGACCACGCUGAUUCUCCUGAUUCAUAGAGUUUAUCCUAGAGAAUCAUUAAGAAUCACUUUCAGCCACAGAAUCACUUCCUCAGAGAAUCAAUUUUUUUAGAGAAUUUGAAUCAGGAGAAGCUCUGCCAAACAGGCCCGUAAACAUACAAGUCAGAUGGUUUGAGCUUAGCUAACUUGGCUUGGAGCUUCGGUUGGGAGCAAGCCUGAUGUUGAUUCUUUGGGGGAGUACCGUGGCCUUAGAACAGUGGCGGAUCAACCACAAACCUGGAGCUACGGCCAAUCAGUAUAUUCUAACAGCCCAAAUUCUAAACCUAAAUGAAAU